UCAACCUCAAGCAUAACUCUGAAUCACAGUCACUCCCCUUCUCGAACCCUAGCAUCUCUUAAACCACUGCCGCCGCCCGUCCGUCGAGCCGCUGCCGCCCUCCGUCCGUCGGGCUCGGCCGCUGUCCGUCUGUGUAGCCACUGGUCCCAUGAGGAGUAACCCCUGCACUCUUCUUCUGCGAGCUCGGCCCAGCCCUCGUCUUCACCUUCUCGCCGUCGUCUGGUUGGCGUCGUCCGUCAAUCAACGGUCUGUCGGCGUCGUCUUCGAAGGAAGAUAGUAUUGCCAUAUGCUCUCAGAAUGGAUAUAUGAAUUUAUUUAGGUGACGUGCACCACCUGGUUGAUAGAAUGCUUCGCCUAGUGCUUCUGAGAGUUAGGACUGGCACUCGCAGCCGCAACCUUACACCUUCCUUCACCUCCCUUCAUGUGAUUCCCAGGUGCUUCUGCACCCAUGAAAAGAAGUCUUCUCUGGAUUUUACUCGAAUUGAAGUGCAGCACCUCCCAAGGGUGCUGAUUAUAGGACGUCCCAACGUAGGAAAGUCUGCAUUGUUUAACCGUUUGAUUCGGAGGAGGGAGGCUCUGGUAUACAAUACCCCGGAGGACCAUGUCACACGUGACAUCCGAGAGGGACUUGCCAAGUUGGGUGACCUUCGCUUCAGAGUGUUGGACUCUGCAGGCCUUGAAGCCCAAGCAUGUUCCGGCACCAUCCUCCACCGAACUGCUUCCAUUACUGCUAAUGUCUUGCACAACUCUCACUUGGCUCUCUUCAUCACUGAUGCAAGAGCUGGACUUCAUCCUCUUGAUCUGGAGGUUGCCAAGUGGCUCCGCAGGCAUGCUCCUCAAAUCAAACCCAUCGUUGCCAUGAAUAAAUCCGAAUCACUCUUUGAUUCUGAUGGCUCGCUAGCCUCUGCUGCCAAUGAAUUGUACCGGUUAGGAUUCGGGGAUCCUAUUGCUAUAUCUGCCGAGACUGGCCUUGGUAUGCCGGACCUUUAUCACUGUCUUAGACCUCUGCUCCACCAACAUAUGCUUCGUCUCCUCAAUGACCUAGAUGACAGUGAUCACGACAAUAGCUGCAUUGGGGAUGGUAGCACCCCUGAGAUUGAAGAAAGUAAGCUUCCAUUGCAGUUGGCAAUUGUAGGGCGCCCAAACGUUGGGAAAUCAACCUUACUCAAUACGUUGUUACAAGAAGAUCGUGUUCUUGUGGGUCCUGAAGCUGGUCUCACAAGAGACUCAAUCAGGACAGAGUUUGAAUUUCAAGGAAGAACAAUUUAUCUGGUUGAUACUGCUGGGUGGUUGCACAGGACAAAACAGGAGAAAGGAGCAGCAUCCUUGAGCAUUAUGCAAUCAAGAAAGAGUCUACUCCGAGCUCAUAUAAUUGCUUUGGUGCUAGAUGCAGAAGAGAUUGUAAAUGCUAGGCGAAGUAUGACGCAUGCUGAAGUGGUUAUAGCCCGAAGGGCAGUGGAAGAGGGGCGCGGCUUGGUUGUGAUUGUGAACAAGAUGGACCUUCUGAGAGGCAAAGACAAAACAUCAUCCUAUAAGAAGGUUAUGGAGGCUGUUCUUCAAGAAAUUCAAACAGUUAUACCCCAGAUAACAGGAAUCCCAGUCGUAUUCAUUUCAGCUCUGGAGGGAAGGGGCCGGACUGCUGUCUUGAACCGGGUCAUUGACACAUACGAAAAAUGGUGUUCAAGAUUACCUACCGCUCGCCUUAACCGUUGGUUGCAAAAGGUUAUGAGUCGGCAUUCAUGGAAAGACCAGGCAGCACAGCCAAAGAUAAAGUAUUUCACUCAGGUCAAGGCUCGGCCACCUACGUUUGUUGCGUUUGUGCGUGGGAAGACUCAGCUCUCAGACACAGACAUCAGGUUCUUAACAAAAUCCUUGAAGGAAGAUUUCGAUUUGGGUGGAAUUCCCAUAAGAAUCAUGCAACGUUCCGUCGCUAAGAAAGAUGCAACUGGUAGUAGUAGUAGUAGUAGCAGCAGCAGCAAGAGUAGCCAUCCGGUUUCUAGAGCUGAAAGGGUGGUGUCUGACAAGAGAAGCGUCUUAGUUGAAUGACAAUUUUGACUUUGAAUGGAAGGAUGGUAGCAACACCUCAUUCUCCAAGAAAUUUCAACAUUGCGGUAAGAAUGUAGAGUUAUUUAACAUGUAAUGCUAUAAUUAGUAGUUACUCUCCCUUCUGAGCUGCACUCUCUGCUGCAGUUGGAGCCUUGGAUGGUCUUGCUUGGGCAGUUGGGCUCUCUUUUCUUUUUGCUUGCCUGUUUUUUAUUUUCUCUCUAUUUUUUUAUAAAUUUAUUUAACUUGGGUAACUCCAAAAAAAAGGUAAAAUAUACUUUUUGUCCUUAAAAGCUUUGCAAGAAUUUUAAAAAUACUUCUAAGUUUUAUUUUGUUUUCAUUUUGUCCUACAAGUUUUCGAUUUGUAUCAAAUAUACCCCUGACGGCUAAUUUUUCAAAAAAUUUAGGACCAAACAAUUUUAUAGGAACAACUUUCAACACAAGUAAAUCGAACAUAAUUAUCAUGCAUUGUUGUUGGAAUGGUCUUAAAUUUUUUGAAAAUUUAGCUGUCGGAGAUAUAUUUGAUGCAAAUCGAAAACUUUUAGGACAAAAUUGAAACAAAAUAAAACUUAGGGGUAUUUUUGAAACUUUUGCCAAAUUUUACGGAUCAAAAAAAUAUACUUUACCCAAAAAAAAGAUGCCACAUUGUGUAUAUAUUUAUAUUACAUGAAUAAUGAAUUAUAUUUUGAUGAUGCUCAUGUUGUUGGGUAUCUUUUUUGGAUUA